UCUCACAGCCGAAUGGAACAAAUCUGUUUCACUUCGUCCAUGGACAUCAAUCAUGGGCUGAUUACUUAACGAACAUGGAGCAAGAUGGCGCUUGGGGUGACCAUGUUAUUUUGUGUGCCGCAGCAAACUGCUACAAAACUUGCAUUCGUGUGGUCAGCAGUCUUAACGCUGCUCACGAUGUUAUCUUACGGCCACAAUGUCCUGUUGACGAAAGCAGGACACUUGCCUUGGGACACAUCCAUGAAGUACACUAUGUCAGCCUUCAUUCCACACAAGCAAAACAGACAGAACUACAGGAAAUGGAAACUCGUCCAACUAACUUACAGGGACAACCCAGAGGAAAAGAAAAACAGUUACAAGCAAAGGAAAGGCAAAAUUUAAGCUUGCAAACUCUCUGUAACACGACAAACCAACCUAUGGAAGAGGAAAUUAGACAAGAAGAGAAUUUAUACCUAAUAAGACUGCGAGCAGUGGAAGAGCAGUUGGCGCAUUGUCAAGGACAACUGAAGGAAAAAGAAUUAGAACAGGCCAACCUUUUGAGGGAAAAAGAACAACAACACCAGAAGCUGACAAACUUACAAGGUCAAUUACGAGAGAAAGAGUUGCUGAAGAACAGUAUGCAAGAGCAACUGAACAGAAAGGUGCAACAGGUCGGUAACCUAGAAGAACAGCUGAAAACAAAAGAUCGAGAAAGGAUUAAAAUUGAAAGAAGUCUGUCAGCAGCUCGAUCAGUAUUACGGGUACAUCGGGCUCAAGUUGUUACCUUGGAGAGACAGCUGAUAACGAAAGACCAGGAAAAACAUGAACUUGAAAGAACGCUUGCAGCAGCUCAGCGGGUUUUACGUGCGGAAAAUCAGGCACAAAAUUUACCUGACUGGGUGAUUCCCCGCAAUCAAAUUCAACUAACAGAGAAAAUUCUUGGGCGUGGUGCCUGGGGAGAAGUUGUGGAAGGGAAGUAUUGCGGUUAUGCCGUUGCUGUGAAAAGA